AUCGUGCAAUUUGACCCGCGUUGUCUAGAGGCAGCGAUUCUCAUCCUUUUUUUAGCAAUCGCCAGACACCGCUCCGUGGGAGGGGAGAGGAGGUUGAGAAAGUUUGGGAGGGAGUGAGAGAAGACGAAACUGGAUGCAAGCCGCACAGUUGACUAGAGAUCGGGGACGAGGAUACUCCAGAAAAGUCGUCUGAGUCCUACUGAGGAGCGGGCAGGCUCGGACAGCACUCGGUUCCCCCCCGGCUCGCCACGCAUGGCUUCUGGGCUGCUGCGCCUGUAAUCCGUGGGUCCUACCACUACCACUCCGACUCUCUGCUCUGGAAGAUGGAUCGUUCAAAGGGGACUGCGGUUUGUUCAGCACUGCCGUUGGUUCUCAUCAUCCUAUUGCACACCUCCGCGACGCGAGGGGCAGAUCCCGUUGACGUCCUGGGUGGCCUGCAGAUCUCAGAUCGCCUGGAGGGCGUGUCCAUAGAUGCGGGGCUGUGCACCCAUAGGCAGGGCACGGGGGAAGCAGACAUGGCAUUCCGGAUAGACAAGAAGAUUCAGCUCAGUGCUCCAACCAGGCAGCUCUUCCCAGACUCUGCCUUUCCUGAGGACUUCUCGCUGACAGCCACGGUGCGGGCACGGAAGAAUGCGCAUGUCUUCCUUCUAUCCGUAUAUGAUGAGCAGGGUGUCCAGCAGCUGGGCCUGGAGCUGGGCAAGUCGCCCGUCUUCCUCUAUGAGGACCAGUGGGGACAGCCGACACCCGACCAGUACCCCACCUUCAAGAAGAUCAACCUGGCUGAUGGGAAGUGGCACAGGAUAGCAUACAGCGUGCGGGGAAAAUCGGUCACGCUGUACCUGGACUGCAGGUGGGUUCAGACCCUGGAGCUUCAGCGUGGCGAUGGCGCCGUGGUCAGCACAGAUGGGGUCACCGUCUUCGGGACGCGGCUGCUGGACGAGGAGGUGUUCGAGGGAGAGAUCCAGCAGUUGUUAAUCAUGGAGGAUCCCCAGGCUGCAGUUGACUACUGUCUACACUACAUCCCAGACUGUGACUCACCUCUGCCUUACCACACAAAGAACCAUGAACCUGAGGAGAUCCCACCCUUAAAGUUUGAGGCCACGAUUCAAGGCGAUGAACCGCAAGUCCCAAAAAAAAGCUCCAAGAAAGAUCGAAAGGGCAAGAAGAACAAAAAGAAGAGGAACAAAUCCAAGAAAAGGGACAAAAAGGAGUCCCGCAAGAAGAGAAAGCAGUUGGACUCUCUGGAGGAGAUGUUUCUUGAGGUGUCCUCGCCACCUCCGGAGUACCUGACUCGAGACGGGCCCCCCGGGACUGUGCUGCCUGUCGCGGAACAGCCCAUGGCUGCCACGGGAAUUCCGCCUGUGACCGGCGACCCAACGGACAGCAUCCCUGAGAUGCCUACUCAUGAGCCGGAUAUGACUGUUUCCCCCGAGAGCACAGAGGGCCCUGCCAUAACGCUCACUCCGUCGCCCCAGUCCUCUGUGACUGAGGUGGAGGCAGAGAGGCCCACCCAAAUGCCAGAUGUGGAGGGGCACGCGGCCAACGUUCAUGGUGGCCCGCAUGGAGACCUUGACAUCUCCACGGUGAUGGCCGGAGCAAAUGCCAGUGAGCAUGAGCUUGUCGAGUACAGCGACUACCGGAAUGGCACGGACAGCGCGGAGUACGAGGAGUACGAGGAGUAUGAGGUCUUCGUAGAACGCUACGGCCCUGCAGAGAGAGAGAGAGCGGGGACCUGGGAUGGACAGGGGAAGCAAAACUUUGAGAAAGGCCAGAAAGGAGAGGCAGCCACCCUGGAGCCGGGAACAAUAAUGGAAGGACCUCCGGGACCACCAGGACCUGCUGGUCUUCCAGGCAUUCAAGGAGUAGUAGGUCCCCCGGGGCACAUGGGAGAUCCAGGUGAUGUGGGGCCUGAGGGACGUCCAGGACUUGCAGGGGCUGAUGGGAUACCGGGUCCUCCAGGCACUCUUUUAAUGUUACCAUUCCAGUAUGGCGGUGAUUCUCAGAAGGGCCCCGUGGUGUCCGCCCAGGAAGCCCAGGCACAAGCCAUCCUGCAGCAAACCAAACUCUCGCUGACCGGACCUCCGGGGCCCGUGGGACUCAUGGGCAGACCAGGACCGAUGGGUCUCCUGGGCCCAGAUGGACUUAAAGGGGACAGUGGGGACCCCGGACCUUCGGGGCCCCGAGGGUUACCAGGUCCUACGGGUCCGAGUGGAAAACCAGGAAAGAGGGGUCGUUCAGGGACAGAUGGAGCUCGAGGGGUUCCAGGAGAGCCAGGCGCAAAGGGCGACAGGGGCUAUGAUGGGCUCGCAGGCCUGCCAGGGAACAAAGGACACAGGGGCGACAGAGGGAAACCAGGCCCUCAUGGACCAGUCGGGGAGCCUGGAGAGAAGGGAGCAGACGGACCAGUCGGGCCGAGAGGACAGCCGGGCGAACCUGGGGCCAGGGGACUUGUGGGGCCUAAAGGGCCACACGGACCACCCGGACCGCCUGGCAUUCAAGGUGUGGAUGGAGUUCAGGGACUCAAGGGAAACCAGGGCCCGCCAGGAGAGCCGGGUCCCCCGGGACAACAGGGAAACCCAGGCAUCCAGGGAUUCCCGGGUCCUCAGGGUCCCAUUGGCCUGCCUGGAGAAAAGGGACCCCAGGGGCAUAUUGGGAUGCAGGGGCUUGCUGGGAUAGAUGGACCUCCAGGUCAUCCAGGAAGAGAGGGACCCCCAGGAGAGAAGGGGCUCCAGGGGUUACCCGGAGCGCAAGGGCCCAUCGGAUACCCGGGGCCCCGCGGAGUGAAGGGUGCUGAAGGGGUGAGGGGCCUCAAAGGAAGCAAAGGAGAGAAGGGUGAGGAUGGCUUCCCGGGGUCCAAAGGUGAUAUGGGAGCUGAAGGAGACAGAGGUGACAUUGGACCUGCCGGACCCCGUGGUGAAGAUGGACCUGAGGGGCCAAAGGGUCAGUUAGGACCACCCGGAGAGUCUGGAUCUCUUGGUAUCGCUGGAGAAAAGGGCAAACUAGGAGUGCCUGGUUUACCAGGCUACCCAGGGAGACAGGGACCGAAGGGAUCGGGCGGCUUUCCUGGAGUGGCGGGUGUGCCAGGAGAGAAAGGAAGGAGGGGGCCUGCGGGUCCUCAAGGGGAAGCAGGUGAACGUGGCCCGAAUGGGUCACGAGGAGGCAGAGGAGCCAGGGGAGCAACAGGAGUGCCCGGUGCCAAGGGCUCCACUGGUCACGACGGCCCGCCAGGGCCCGUAGGAGACAAGGGACCUCAAGGACCGCAGGGCCGGAGCGGAGAUCCAGGGGCCAAGGGACCGAAUGGCCCUCCAGGAAAAGAUGGAUUACCAGGUCACCCAGGCCAACGGGGGGAGCCGGGAUUCCAAGGAAAAACUGGCCCACCGGGACCUACUGGAGUGGUCGGACCUCAGGGUAAAACUGGGGAGACGGGACCAGCUGGAGAAAGAGGUCACCCAGGACCCCCGGGGCCUCCUGGGGAGCAAGGUCUGCCUGGAUCUGCGGGCAAAGAAGGCACAAAGGGUGAUCAGGGGCUCACGGGUAUUCCUGGGAAAAGCGGCCCUGCUGGUCAGCGCGGAUUCAGGGGCAGCCGAGGCACGCCUGGCGCCACGGGUGCUGCCGGUCUGAAGGGAGAGGAAGGACCAGUCGGACCUGCGGGAGCGACUGGCGCCACUGGGGAGAGGGGACCGCCUGGACAAGCGGGCGGCAUCGGCCAGCCCGGGCGAACGGGAACAGUGGGCCCUCCUGGCUCGAUGGGGGAGAAGGGUGAACCCGGGGGAAAGGGACUAACGGGCCCUGCCGGCCAGGAUGGGGAGCAGGGGCCCGUGGGCUUACCCGGACCCGCUGGGCCGCACGGACCGCCCGGAGAGGACGGUGAUAAGGGAGAGACUGGAGGCCCAGGACAGAAAGGUAGCAAAGGAGAUGAAGGAGAAUCGGGACCUCCAGGACCAACCGGAAUUCAGGGGCCCAUUGGACAUCCUGGCUUACCUGGUAUGGAUGGUGAGCCGGGUCCCAGGGGCCAGCAGGGAAUGUAUGGGGCAAAGGGUGAUGAAGGACCUCGGGGGUUUGUCGGUGCCACGGGGCCUGCAGGCCUCCAGGGAAUGCCAGGACCCCCUGGGGAGAAGGGAGAGACUGGACAUGUUGGCCCACUGGGCCCUCCAGGACAGCACGGUCCUCAUGGCCCCCCGGGACCCAUCGGUGGUGAGGGUGCUCAGGGCCUGCCUGGUGGAGUGGGCCAACCUGGCUUAGUGGGUGAAAAGGGGGAAGAUGGAGAGGCAGGCAGUCCAGGCAUCGUGGGAGAAACGGGCUCCCCUGGCAAGAAAGGGGAUGUGGGUGAGAAGGGCGAUACGGGUGUGCCCGGGGCCGCGGGACCCCCAGGUGUGCGGGGCCAGCCGGGAGAGGACGGCCCCAAAGGAAACCUGGGUCCCCUUGGAUUUCCUGGAGACCAAGGACCCCAGGGAGAUCCAGGGACAAACGGCAUUGAUGGUGGACCAGGAGUGAAGGGAGAUAUUGGGAAGCCUGGGAACGUUGGACCACCAGGGGCCUCUGGGGAACCAGGACCUCCGGGGCCACCAGGACGGAGGGGUCAUGUGGGCAUGCCCGGUAAAGAAGGGAAACAGGGGAAAAAGGGGUCAAAGGGCACCCCAGGGACAGAGGGUCCGAUUGGGAAGAGAGGGCCCGUGGGACCCCAGGGACAGCCUGGACAGCCUGGUCCAGAGGGCUUGCGUGGAAUCCCAGGCUCUGCGGGGGAACAGGGCUUAAACGGGCCCCCUGGACAGACGGGCCCGCCGGGGCCUAUGGGACCUGCUGGACUGCCGGGACUGAAAGGAGAUCCAGGCCAGAAGGGAGAGAAGGGUCACGUAGGCCUGAUUGGACUCAUUGGACCUCCGGGGGACUUCGGUGAGAAAGGAGACAGAGGGUUGCCUGGCAAUCAGGGAAUACCUGGACCCAAAGGAGACCCGGGUGUGGGCGGGCUGCUUGGUCCCUUGGGCCCCCCUGGACCUCCAGGACUGUCUGGCGCGAUGGGAGAAAAAGGAUCUAAAGGAGAACAGGGACCAAUCGGCCCAAAAGGAGACCCAGGACGGUCCGGCCCACCAGGACCACCUGGUUCUCCGGCUACUAUGAUCGAACCGCUCCCCAUCCGCGAGGGCCGCAGGAAGCGAAGGAGGCAUUCGGGCCAGACCCACGGGGAAGAGGCCACAAGGGAGGAGCAGGAUGAGGAGGCACAGCUGAACGUGGAGGACAUGCUACAGGCGGACGAACCCCUGGAAGACGCCCAGGGCAUGGAAGAGGUGUUCGCUUCGCUCAACUCCAUGAAGACGGAGGUGGAGCUGAUGAGGAGGCCACUGGGCACGUUCGAGAGCCCUGCGCGCACCUGCAAGGAGCUGAGGAUUUGCCGGCCUAACUACCAUGAUGGCGAAUACUGGAUCGACCCAAAUCAGGGCAGCCACAGAGACUCCAUCAAGGUGUUUUGCAACUUCACCGCAGGCGGAGAGACCUGCCUGCACCCUGACAAACGGUUUGAGACGGUGAAGCCAGCAGCCUGGAACCGGGAGAAACCGGGCACGUGGUACAGCCAGUACAGGAGGGGCAAACAGUUCUCCUACACGGAUGCCGACGGCCUUCCCAUGCCUGUGGUCCAGAUGACCUUCCUCAAGCUCCUGAGCGCCACGGCCCGCCAGACGUUCACCUACGUGUGCCACAACUCGGCCGGCUGGUAUGACGCCGCUGCCGGCAGCUACCACCAUGCCGUUCGCUUCCGCGCCGCCAACGACGAGGAGAUGAAGCUCGCCACAGCGCCCUUCAUCUCAUCGCUGCACGACGGCUGCCAGACGCGCAAAGGCCAGGAGAGCACGGUGCUGGAGAUCGAUUCCCCGCGAUCGGAGCUGCUCCCCAUCAUGGACGUCGCCGCCUCAGACUUUGGGAACAGCAACCAGAAGUUUGGGUUCCAGAUUGGACCUGUCUGUUUCCAUGGCUAGCUGGGGCACGCCGCCACACUGGGGGAUUCACCAUCCAAACGAGCGCGGACUCUGCCUUCGCCACGCACGAUGUUUAUUUAUGUAUGUAAUGUGCCUGUGGCGGGGGGGAGGGGGCGAUAGGUGGGCGUGGCUUUUUAAAAAAGCGACUUCGAGAUGUGCAAAAGAACGUUGCGCCGUUUGAUGGUCGCGAGAGAACUAAAUCCACAGAGAUUCCGGCAAGCCCUCCUGCGAGAACGGAGCACAUUUAUCAGAGGGAAAUUGUCCAUGCUGACAUUUAAUUUGAUUUCAUUUCUUCCCCCUCAUCUCCUCUGCUCACCUAAGAUGUGAAUUAUGUGGUGUGACUGGCUAGAAUUAAUAGACUCCACUUGAAACUCACACUGAAAGGCCGACGCAUCACCUUCUGUUUGGCAUCUUGCCUGUCAACCUACGUGUACAGACCGCUCAGACCAAGGUGCAACUUUGGGCUUUAUCGUCUGUGACAUGUAUUGCUUGUUUGUUUUGUGUGCUAGUAAUGUUAUUUUAAAGUAAUUUGCUACUCGAGGGACCAGCUUAAGUGCCAGAGAGCCAAUAUUGAAGUUCUCUAAUUUCCCUCACCCUCACCUCAGUGGGAGCCUACAAGAGCACAGUUAUACCUCACAACAGCUCUGACAGGGACGUGCCGUUGGCUCCGGUUAAUUGUUACUCAGUGCCUGUCAUGCGUCGGACUCACGGUGCUGUCCAUCUUUAAUCAGCGAGUCCUCAUAAACGGCAUCAAGCACGGUUUGAAUUCUGUGCCCCAGCAGAAUGGGCAAGGGCUGAGUGGGCGGGGUAAGGUGUGACCGAGCGAGAACCCAGCGUCGCCCCGAUAUGCAGAAUAGCCUCUUCACUUGUGUGCCGGCAACAGGCGGAAUGGUGUGCUCGUCCUGCCCCACGGCCGGACAUAAAUUCCGUGUUACGGGUUCUGAUUUCAUCCUGGGUUAGUGAAAGCUUUAGUAUCUGCGGUUUUACUGAGUGGUGUGCUGAAAUUCUCUGUGCCUUGUGAUGUGUUUGCAUCAAGCAUGGUAGGACUUCUGAAAAAUCCCAUAAGAGCUUUACAGUGAAGACAAUGUAGCAACAUUAACGCAUCCCUUUAAAUUCCCUACAUGUAAAUUAGUUUUACUUCUCAUCCUGGUCCUGUACCUUGGUGCUUGGUGUUCAUUUGGAUGUUUUUUUUUGUUUUGUGUUCAAAUAUCGUCUCUCUCUCAUUCUUUUGUCCUGUUGUUAAAUUUAUCUUUACGUUCUGCUGUGGUGCUACAGAAAAAAAAAGUCAUUACUUUUCAUUUGCCUCCUCCUGAGACGGGGCUGGACGGAGGAGGGAGAUGGAGUGGAUGGUGAGACCCAGCACUAGUGCACAGAUCUCCAUAAAUGCGGCCACUGAUCACUCAUACUGCACAGACACCCACAGGCGUGCUGCCGUGAUCUACAGCUCUACCAUCCUGCGCCUUAUCCAGUAGCUGUGCGGUGUAAUUGUGGCACAGGGGGAGUGUAACUCCUGAUGCUCUUAACGAACCACUCAAAAUGUUUUGCUCCAUCUCCCACUUCCUGUCCUCUUUUAUGUACACUAUCUGUGGUAUUAAUUUUUAUAUAUUGUACAGUUGUUAAAAAGUAAUAAUAAUCUGCUUCCUGGAUGGGAAAAAAAAAAAGUGUAAUUCUGGGGAAAAAAAAUGAUGAGCGCAUUAAAAAAAAGACUGUAAUAUCGUACAUUAUGGUGAGAGACACGAGGAUUUGACAGGAUCCGGGAGGCUGAGGUGCCUUAAAGGCUGCAGCCAGGCCAUGUCUCAUUAUCCACUCUCACUUUGCUCCUCGUUUUCUCUCCCUGCGUGCGUCUCUGUCUCAUGCUCUCUAACCUCCUUCAGCUUUUCCAGUCUGGCUCUCUCUCUCCUUCUCUGGCUUUCUCUCUCUUUCUCUUGCUCUCUCUCUUUCUCUUGCUCUCUCUCUCUUUUCUGCACUUGUAAUCAACAUUACUUCCCACCUCGCUGAUGUAAUCAACUCUGAUUCACUCCCCAGUUCAUUUAUUUCAAUUAACUUUUGUUUCCAUCCCCAGGAGUGCAACCAAGGAUAGGGAGUCAGACAUACUGCAUGGCUGGUGUGUGUGUGUGUGUGUGUCUGUGUGUCUCUGUGUGUGUGUAUGUAUGUGUGAAUAAUGAAAUGGCUCUGUAUUAGAAAGUGAGCCAAGGAGAAUGAGCCAUAUCUGUGGAGGAACAUGAGGAACUAGAGCAUGGAAUUAGGCAUCUCUCUCCUUCUCUUCCUCUCUCCUGACUCGGGUCUCCUGCCCAGUCCUGACUCCUGUCACUUUCUGACCACAAUUAUACUGAACCAGAACAAAUCCUUACGGAAAUCAAGAUAAAAACUGCGACUCAUCCCAGUCUUGACAUGGAAUAUUCUGAAGUUAUGUAGUAGACAAUGUAAUUGGGGGAAAUAAAAGACCCAAUCACUUAAAUACCA